AUGGCCGGUGGUGAGGACCGCCUAUCCGAGCUCCCAGACGACCUACUCCGCCGCGUCCUCCACUUCGUCCCGCUCAAGGAGGCCGCCUCCACGACCGCACUCUCGCGGCGAUGGCGCGCGCCGCUCUGGCUCUCAUCGGGCGGAGUAAACCUCCAGACGGGCAUCGAGAAUGUCUAUUUUAGCCGCCGCGACGAUAGCGCCCGUUUCUUCUCCAGCCGCGACACCUACGUCUCCGCGGCCGCGCGGACGCUUGACACCGCCGACGUCCCGGUCACGAGGCUCACCAUACGCCUCGAUUCUGAUCUCGACGACUCGGCGGACGAGUUCCUGUCUUGGCCGCCCCGCAACAUGGACAAGGUCGUGUCGCGCUACACCAACUUGCUCGACGUCACGCUCUCCCACCAGGCGGCGCGCAGCGUUGAGGAGCUCCGGAUCGUCGCCAAUGAUCCGGCCGAGGAAUACUCCCUCUUCGAUACUCGGCAUUGUCUCUACACCGUCACCCUCCACACCUUGCCGUUGGAGACCCUCCGCGCCCUGGAACUCACCAGUUGCAAGGGACUUCUCUAUCCCAGGCAGGCCGCUGCCAUCGUGCUCCCGCGGCUAUCCUCCCUUCGGCUGAGCCACUGCCAGCAGCACCUAAGCUCUCUCCAACGCGCCAUUGACGCCGCGCCGGCGCUGGAUGCUGUCCACCUCAAGUCGGUCCUCAUCGACGCAACAGAGAAAGACGACGCUCCCCCUACGCCGUCUCCAAAUACCCGCCGCCUCAGAUGCCCGGCAGCCACGGUGCUGGUGCUUGAUAGUUGCAAGUGGGAGGAGAAAAAAUACAGCCACUCCUACGGCUACGAAGUCGUUGUUGUCGACGGUCUGAAGAUCGACGCGCCAAGGCUGCGCCGCUUCAGGUACAAGGGGUCACUCCCCUCCUUCUCAUUCAGUCCACAGCCGCUCGAGUUGGAACAAGUGGUUCUAGAUUUCUUUGGGCCUGCCAAUACCUGGAAGAAAAAAGAUCUAGUCCGUGACUUAGAGACCUUCUGGCGAUUCGCUGGGAGCUUCACCAACACCAAGGAGAUGAGGCUGACAGUGAACCACCUCGAGGAUAUCGCCGUACUCGCUGAGGCAAGGCGGGUCGCGCUCCUACCGGCAUUCCGCCGCCUCGAGCGUCUCGAGAUUCAAGGAGCGCAUUCGACAAAAGACAAGGCUGGAGCAAUGACAAUCGUGAACAUGCUCCGCUGUUGUCCAGUGCUCGCUGCCCUCAGGAUCAACCUCACCAAGGCAAAGCCGCAAGACAAUGUCUCAAAUGAAAAAAGGGUGCCCGGCACACGUAUUCCUCAAAAGGAAAUUCAGAUCGCUGCCUUGUUGGGUCCGAGUCACUUGUACCAAUGCUUGAAGAGCUCCCUUACGAGAGUGGGAUUGCAGUUCAGGCUAGAGAAGGUGGACUGUCUUGGUGUCAAGCUCAUAAAGUUCUUCGCCGAGAAUGCCAUGGUUCUUGAAGAAAUGUAUAUCGAUGGUGGAUACAAAAAGUUAUGCGAGCACAUGAAUCCAAAGACUGAAAAGUGGAACUCGAAAAGGAGAAAGUCAGGGGCAACAAGUUUUGUGGUCUUACCUCUUAAGCGGUGACUCUACAAACAACAAGAGAUUUUAUUCAGAGAUUAUAUUAUACUAUAAGCGAGGAAUUUCUGGCUAGAAUGUGCUGGUACAUCUUAGUUUCAUAGGUAGCAUAAGCG